CUUGGGUGGCGAACUGACCUUCGGGAGACCUACGUACAAGGGAAGGCGCUCGGAACGGGCAGCUUCGGAAAGGUGCACCUCGGCAUUCACGCGGCAACGGGUGAGGAGGUUGCCAUUAAGACACUACCGAAGGAGCGGCCAAGACUUUCACGUGCGAAACUCACUUUGUUGGACAGAUUAUCGGACAGUCCACGGGUUGUGCAACUACUGGAUUGUUUCGAGGACGAGGACAACGUCUACAUUGUGACCGAGGCAUGCCGAGGAGGGGACCUCCAAAAGUUCUCGGAAACAUACGGCCCUUUGACGGAGCGCUGCCUGGCAUUAGUUGCGUUGGAAGUUCUCCAAGUUGUGCAAAGUUGUCACCGUCUUGGUAUCCUACAUGGUGAUGUGAAGCCAGGUGAGCCACCGUGUACCUUCAAAACCUUUCGGGCUGUGGACUUUGGUUGCUCGCAACUCCAUUACCGGCACACGCGCCUCAGUAAGCGAUCUGGGACGCCAGUUUACAUGGCACCCGAGAUCUUCAAGCGGGACUACUCCUUCGAGGUGGACAUUUGGAGCACUGGCGUGCUGCUGUACCAGCUGUUCUGUCGGCAGUUCCCGUUUUGGCAGGGCGACUCGUACAAUAAGGCCCUGUCGUUGGACGAGGUUGCAAAGGCGAUUACGGAAGCGGAAAUCCGGAUGGAUUUCGGGCCCUGGCUCACGAUGUCACAAGAGGGCCUCAGCUUUGUGCGUGGAUGCCUCCACCGGGAUCCGGCGCAGCGGCUGACUCUUGACGAAGCUCUC